AUGGGCGACAUCUGGAAGGCAGACCUAGCGGUUGAAUACGCUCAUUCACGGAGAGGCAACUUUGACGCCAUCUUCUGGCUCGAAGCCGGAGGCGUCUCACAACUCGCGUCAGACUUUGGCCGCAUCGCGACCGUGCUAGGGCUGCAGUCCGCCGAGGAGGCCGAUAGCCUCGAUUCAAGCAACAGCCAAGAUGAUGGUGGCAAAAACGGCGGCAACUGGCUGCUCAUCUUCGACAACGCCGACAAUUUAGAUGCCAUCACCAACUACGUGCCGUACCACGGAAACGGCUCAGUGUCGGUGAUGAACCGUGAUUCAUACGCAAAGGAGCACUUCCUCUCCAACGGAUCGGGAGCCGACGUUGAACCAUUGUCGGCAGCCAACUCAGCGAGUCUUCUUCGCAAACUCGUCACAACGCAGACGCACCAUGCCAACCAGGGAAGCGGCACCACAAACGACGACGAGUACAGGGCGAACCACCUUGACGGCUUGCCGUUGGCUAUGACGCAGAUGGCUGGUUUCAUUCGUCACCGCCAUCUCUCGAUCCGAGAGUUCAUGAACCUCUUUGCCAACGACGCCCGAUACGCCGAGAUUCAUGGCGUCAGAGCCGAGGCAUAUGUGGAUCUAUGGGGCCUAAUAUUCUAG